AUGGGCAUCAUUUCGAGAAGGCAUGAGAUGCCCUUGAGCAAUAUAUUAGAAGUGGAAAUCUUUGACGUCUGGGGGAUAGACUUCAUGGGACCAUUCCCAUCGUCUCGUGGUAAUCAAUACAUCCUAGUCACAGUGGACUACGUGUCUAAGUGGGUGGAUGCAGUUGCACUACCAUCCAAUGAUGCAAAAGUGGUUGUGAAGUUCAUUUGGAAACACAUCUUCAUCAGGUUCGGAACUCCAAGGGCUAUGAUCAGUGAUGGAAGUACACACUUUAUUAACAAUUCAGUGCAUAAUUUGUUAGCCAAAUACGGGGUGGAAGUGUCGAAUAGAGAGGUCAAACAAAUCCUCCAGAAGACUGUGAAUGUUCAAAGAAAAGAUUGGGCUGACAAGCUAGAUGAUGCAUUAUGGGCAUACCGGAUUGCAUACAGGACACCGAUAGGGACUUCUCCUUAUCGAAUGGUGUUUGGCAAAGCGUGUCACUUACAAGCUGAAUUAGAGCAUAAGGCCUAUUGGGCUAUCAAAAAGUUGAAUCUGGAUGUUGAGUUAGCCGGAAGGAAGAGAAUAACGCAGCUGCAUGAAUUAGAGAAGUUCAGGCUCCACGCCUAUGAGAAUGUUAAGUCGUACAAAGAGAAGACCAAGAGGUGGAAUGACAAGCAUAUUGUGUCACGCACCUUAGAGUCUGGUCAACUAGUGUUGUUGUUUAACUCAAGAAUGAAGUUGUUCCCCAGAAAGCUUUGGUCUAAGUAG